ACUGAGUGCACGAGAUUGGGACGGCUGACCCGUAAAGCAUUACCAGUUUCCCAUGAAUUCCAAACCCUAACUAUUCUCUCUCUCUCUCUGUAACCUCACGCGGUAGAUCCAUCUGUUUUCGGAGUUUUCCUCUGACUUCUCUCUUUGUAUCUAACUGCUCUAUGUGUUAAAAUUUAGAGCUCAGAACCAGAUUCCUCGCUCGCCGCGUCUACAUACGGGUGGGAAGGAUGUCAACUCCUGCAAGGAAGAGACUGAUGAGGGAUUUCAAGAGGUUGCAACAGGAUCCUCCUGCAGGUAUCAGUGGCGCACCCCAAGACAAUAAUAUAAUGCUUUGGAAUGCUGUUAUAUUUGGUCCUGAUGACACUCCGUGGGAUGGAGGUACGUUUAAGUUGACACUUCAGUUUGCCGAGGAUUAUCCGAAUAAGCCACCAAUAGUUCGGUUCGUUUCUCGAAUGUUUCAUCCAAAUAUUUAUGCAGAUGGAAGCAUUUGCUUGGAUAUUCUACAGAACCAAUGGAGUCCCAUCUAUGAUGUGGCUGCUAUACUUACGUCCAUCCAGUCGUUAUUAUGCGAUCCAAACCCAAACUCACCUGCAAAUUCCGAAGCAGCACGGAUGUUUAGUGAGAAUAAGCGUGAAUACAACAGAAGAGUACGUGAAAUUGUCGAGCAGAGCUGGACAGCAGACUAACUUAUCAUGGUAGGAUGUCAUGAUAUUUCUGGAUGUUUUGAGGGCAUGUUGGAGUAACGUUGCCACUUAUAAACUAUUGCAUCAUAUACUACUUUAAACUAAUCAUAUUAUCUGUUUGCUUUCCUGGAUGGAUGCUACAUUAC